GCGCGCGCUUUUUUUGCGCCAGUUCUAUGAAAGCUUUUGAUGGUUCCGAGUUACUCCUCAUACAAGGAGUCCAAAAUUCACUUCAUUAUUGUUUAUAUUCCAACGCCAUUUUUCUUGCAGAACGUCUAUUCGCCUUGAGAAAGUGUGAAGAGACCGCCUACUUGUUGGCAACGAGUUGUAUUCGUCAAAACAAAGUACAUAGAGCUUCUGCUGUACUUACUGGAUGUCAGUCGCCUGAAAAUCGAUAUUUGGCAGCGUGGUGUUUUUUUGAACAAAACAAGUUGAGAGAAGCAGAGGAUUCGUUACGAUGGAACGAAAAAGAAGAAGAAAUACCUGGAAAAGCUGCAGGUCACUACCUAUUGGGUUUAAUUUAUCAACGUUCGAAUAGGAAGAACAAAGCAAUCGAUCAGUUUAAGAAAUGUUUGGAAAAGGAUGCCACGUUAUGGAUGGCAUAUGUGGCGUUAUGUGAAUUGGGAAGUAGUCCAGAUCCUGAUACCUAUUUUUCAAAGGAAGACUGGACGUUGUUGUCUACACAAGUUGGGCCAUCGGCAGAGGCUGGUCCAAACCAGCCACUGGGUUUGUCUUGUUUAUCAUCAACUUCUGUGGAAGCUCCUUCGAUUUCGUCUGGGAAACAACUUCCCCCACAAAUUAUAGGAAGAACGAGUGAAGAAGAAGACUACAAUACGCCUUAUCAACGUCAAACACCCAAACGUCUUGCAUCACCUUCACGAGUGUCACAUAUCACCUUGACGAACCCCAAUUUGCAAACAAACGUUUUGGAUAAAUCGGGUGACUUUCGAACACCUUCCCCUGAAGCCAAAGUCAUAGGAACCCUAAGGUCCAAUGGCCCGCCUUCUGUUCGAAGAAACAACAAACCGCUAGCGACACCCUCAAGUCAACAGGAAACCAUUGGAAGUUUACGCAAAUUGGGUCGUUUAUCAUUUUCCUCCCGAAGUUCAGACCGCAUGGCUGUGGAACGUGUUGUGUCAUCGGGAGAAGAACGAAAUAUGGCACAUGAUAGCUUUUCAGUCAUGAGACUUUUUAGAAUAUUAGGAAAAGCUCAAUUACUUUUAUCAUUAUUUUGUAGUGAGGAGGCCAUUCAAACUUUAGAGGGACUUCCUCCUGCACAAUAUCAGACUGGUUAUGUACUAAGUAUGGUCGGUAGGGCAUAUUAUGAAUUGCUGGAUUACAACAGUGCCUUGCAAACUUUUGAACAAUGCCAACAUCUAGAUUUCACUUAUACGGAUGGUCUUGAAUAUUUUUCAUCCGUCAUGUGGCAUCUUCGCAUGGAGACCGAACUUAGUUUCCUAUCACAAUAUCUUUUAUCUGUGGAUAGAAACUCUUCUUCUGCUUGGUGUGCUAUGGGCAAUUUAUUCUCUCUACAAAAGGAUCCCGACACAGCCAUCCGUUGUCUCAAACGUGCAGUUUUACUUGCACCUCGUUCAUCCUAUGCUCAUGCACUUAUUGGACAUGAGUAUAUUUUUAAGGAAGAUUAUGAUGCCGCCAUGGCUUCUUUUAGAACUGCAUUGGCAAUCAGUGAACGCGAAUAUCACGCAUGGUAUGGUUUGGGACAAGUCUUUCACAAACAAGAAAAGUACAAGCUCGCAGAUUAUCAUUAUCGUUGUGCUAUCAAAAUCAAUCCACGUUCAUCCCUUCUUUAUUAUCAUUUGGCCAAUGUUUGUUAUUCAUGUAAAUCCUACAACGAAGCUUUGGAAGCUUAUGACAAGGCGAUAGAGUUGAAUGCUAAGAACUAUGUAGCACGUUUUGAGAGAGCCAAGUUGUAUUCUAAGAUUCAACGUCAUAGGGAAGCAACUGAAGAAUUGAUAGAACUGAGUAAUUUGGUUCCCAAGGAGCCCGCUGUACAUUAUCUUUUAGGAAGAUUGGCGAAAAACGGUGGAGAUAGGAAGUUGGCUAUGCAGUAUUUUAUGUUUGCUCUUGACUUGGAUCCCAAGUCACGGUUAUACAAACAUUGCUUGGAAAAUAUCGAUGCACCGGAUGAUCCAGAAGACUUGUGAUUACUAUUUUACAUACCUAUGCUUAGCACAAGUUAUAUAUGCAAAUGGAAAUAAAACUGGAAUAGCUUUU